GUAAUAAACCUGGAAGGAGGAUGCCUCGACAGCUCACUAGACCGCGGACCACCAGACUCUUGGUCGGUAAGAUCUGGGAAACAGUGUCUGCAAGCGAACCGGACCGACCAAUAUGGGCAAGUGCGGUUGCUCUAUAAAGGGUUCGCUACCAGAAGACCGGUAACUUUACCAAAAUUUGAACGAGCGGAAUACACCUUACCGGUCUGUAUCCGCCGUCCGACGAUAUCGCAUCCCCUAAGGAUCGCGAUUAGGACAAGAUUUGAAAUAGCAGCUGGGUGGCGCUGGUACUACCCGCACGUCGGUAGCUACUUGCUAUAUCAUAAGACGCUGAGGACUAGAACACACCACACCAGCGCACCCAUGUCAAAGGUCCUCAAAGGGCAGGUCAGUAGAGCGCGACCUGAAAGCCUCGCGGGGCGUCCCGACCCUGUGAGUGGAUGA